AAUGAUCGCGGUUGGAUUCUCGACUGCGACGCAAAAUCGCCUGGAUCAUAUAACUGAUGCAAAAGUGACUUCCGAGCCCGGAUUCAUGCGCUUUGGUUUGGGUUUAGGUUUUGCAGUGAUGGCUUGAGCUCCAUCAUCAUCAUCAUCAUCAUCAGGAAGCCAGACGCGCUCGUGCAUAAAGCCUCGUCUCUCCAGCACGCGCACUUUCUCCAUCCUCGACUCAUGCACACUUGGCUCUUGUUGUUGUUGUUGUUGUUGUGAUCCUGAUCUGAAUGUCCAGCGUAUCCGGAGUCAUGGCAGGGAAAGAGGAGCAGCUUUACGCCAAAGUGACUCCACGCAGGCAGCGGCAGAACCGCGCAGGGACCCUGAAACACGGCUCGUGCCUGGAUGUGCUGCUCAGCAUGGGCUUCCCCAAGAGCCGCGCGCUGAAAGCACUGGUUUCGACCGGUGGCAGAAAUGUACAGGCGGCCUGUGACUGGUUAUUCUCUCAUGUGGACGACCCGUUUCUUGACGACCCCUUGCCAAGGGAGUUUGUGUUGUACUUACGCCCGAGUGGGCCACUGCUUCAUCAGCUUUCUCAGUUCUGGCAACAGAGUCGUGUCAUGUGUGGCAAGAACAAAGCUCAUAACAUCUUCCCCCACAUCACACUGUGCCAGUUCUUCAUGUGUACGGACGCUAAGGCCGAGGCACUGUGCGAGGCGUUGCAGACUGUCGUGGGACAGUGGCGAGGCCGUUUUCCCUCCCCACUUCCGCUGGAGCUCUAUAUCUCUUCCAACUUCAUUGGCCUCUUUGUUGAGGAGAAGGUCGCUGAGGUGCUCAAGAGCUUUGCAGCUGAUUUUGCAGCUGAGGCUACUGCCAAAGCAGACGUCCAUGUGGAGCCACAUAAGAAGCAGCUUCAUGUAACCCUGGCCUACCAUUUCCCAACCAAUCACCUCACCUCAUUGGAGAAGUUGGCUAAGGGAGUGGAUGUGUCUCUGGGUUGUGAUUGGCUCGCCGUUCUGUUCUCACGGGACAUCCGAUUCGCCAAUCAUGAGACGUUACGGGUGAUGUAUCCAUACACUCCCCAGAAUGAGGAUGAACUAGAACUGGUGCCAGGAGACUUCAUCUUCAUGUCUCCAGUGGAGCAGGGUAGUGCCAGUGAAGGAUGGGUUUAUGGCACAUCUAUGAGCACAGGGCUUUCUGGGCUGCUGCCUGAGAAUUACGUCAACCGAGCAGACGAGUGUGACACAUGGGUGCUUCAUGGGUCUCAUUCCUUCCUCAACUGCACCUCCCCAACUGUAAGUACCGGUGCAGUAGGCGGGCCAUUUUUUGAUGGACAGCUGGAUGGACGUCUCCUUGAUGACCACAGCUCAGUGGAACAAAACCCUAUGAGUGUCGUAUGUCAUCCAAUGCAGGUGCUGCGGACCGAUAGCCAGUCUCGACUGCCCAAGAGAACACUGUUUGUGUGUCGCCAUGGUGAGAGGAUGGACGUGGUGUUUGGAAAACACUGGAUCACCCAGUGCUUUGAUGCCAAAGGUCGUUAUAUCCGGUCCAACCUCAAUAUGCCGACUAGUCUUCCAGUGCGGAGUGGAGGGUACAGGGAGUAUGAUAAGGACUGUUCUGUCACUGUGUUUGGAGCCACGCAGGCUCGAUUAGUGGGAGAGGCCCUGUUGGAGAGUCACACAGUGAUCGACUUUGUGUACUGCUCGCCCUCCCUGCGAUGCGUUCAGACAGCCCAUAAUAUUCUCCGAGGGCUUCAGCAAGAUGGGAAGACUAAAAUACGAGUUGAACCUGGACUCUUUGAGUGGACCAAAUGGGUAUCGGGUUCAUCCUUACCUGCCUGGAUUCCACCUACUGAACUGGCAGCUGCUAAUUUCAGUGUGGACACAACCUACAGACCUCAUAUUCCCAUCAGCAAGCUAAUUGUGUCGGAGUCGUACGACUCUUACAUCACCCGCAGUUUCCAAGUGACACGGGAAAUCCUAACCGAGUGUAAAGCCCUGGGAAACACAGUGCUGAUAGUAGCCCACGCUUCGUCUUUAGAGGCCUGUACACGCCAGAUGCAAGGCCUCAGCCCACAGAAUUCGAAAGACUUUGUUCAAGUGGUCCGAAAGAUCCCUUACUUGGGUUUCUGUGCCUGUGAAGAGAUGGGUGAAACGGGAAUGUGGCAACUUGUGGACCCACCCAUCCUGCCCCUAACUCAUGGUCCCAAUCACAGCUUCAACUGGAGGGAGACUCUGCUGCAGGACUGACAGGCUUGGCCUUCUUUCGGUUAGCCUGCCUUUUAGCUCCUCUUGCCAAGGGCAGCUGAGAAUCACGCCGUCAUUCACUCUCUUCUUCCAUUCUGUGGCGCUCCUACACCGUUCGAUCUGACAGAGCAAACACAGGCUUCCAUACAGCAGCCUUUCUGCUGCACUGUUCCAUUCUGGUUCUGUCCGUCUCUGUGUGUUGCAGCACUGAUGUCUGUCUGUGUUCAUAACUUUGCUCAUGCAUUUAUGUCAUGCCCUUAUUACAGGGUAUGUUUACUGCUUGACUGUCAUGGAUUCGUGAGAAAGUUCAAGGCUGCUAUAUGCAUAAAGUAGCUGAUGGACUUCCACGGGUUUCCCAUUUCAGCAAGAGUUUCAUGCUCGCUGCAUUGAAAGUACAUCAACCAACGCUUCCAAGAUGGCCACCCUCCUAAACCACCUCGCUCACCCUCGUAAAACUGAUGCAGCAAAGGGAUCAUGGGCGUCACCAAACACACUGUGAGAAAAGCGAACAUGUUCAGCGUUUUGCACCAAGCUUCCAGGCUACUUUUCAAAUGUCUUGUCAACAGGAAUCAAGCACAAGAGACGAAACUCAAGCAUGACAAUCAGAAAGGAGCAGAAGAGUUGGAAAGGAGUUGACAUGUUGUCUCGGACACCGAGUUCGCCUCAGGAUGAUGUUGGUAUUGGGCUUAUUUUAGCACUUCAUCACUGUUGCAUGUUAAAUAUUAAUAAAGCAGGGGUUCUCAAACUU